AUGGGACGCCAUUCAACAACAUCCGAAAUCUUCGACAAUGAGUCUAAAAUCGACUUCGGCGUGCCCAACAAGACUGUUCAGAAUGUGACUUCCCAUCCAGCAGGCUUGGGCCUUGGAAGUUCAGUCCAACUUUUUGAUAACGAAGCUACAAUCGUGGAAGAGCAGCGUAUAUUCGGGAUCCAGCAGACGCUUGUAUUCAUAUGCAUCAUUAUAUUGACGGUCAUGGACUCUUUGAAUGCGACUAUCUUGAUGCCCGGUAUAUCUCACCUAGCGAACACUUUCGGCACAUCUCUGGCGAGUACCUUUUGGGCCACGACAACCUAUCUUCUGUUCGGCGCAGCAAGCCACCUGUACUUCGCUAUGUUGAGCGAAGUCUUUGGACACGGUCCAAUAUGGAUAAUAGCGGCGCUACUGGCAACAAUCGGAACAGGAGUUUGCUGCGGCUCUUUGAGUCUUGCCGAAUUGGUGGUGGGUCGCAUGAUUCAAGGCAUUGGUGGCGGAGGUGCAAUGAGCCUUUGCUUCGUGGCAAUGAGAGAGUCCGCGCCAGAGGCGAUUCAUUCGCGUUAUUCCUGCUACAUCUUACUCAUGCGCAUGGCUGGUGCAAUUUUGGGCCUGGUCGCCGGCGGUCUAUUUAUUGACCAUGGAAAUUGGACAUGGGCAUUCUACUUCAAUUUCGUCUUUUGCGCUCUUGGCCUCCUGGGUAUUCCCUUUGCGGUGGAUCUACGCGUCUCAAAGAACAUACCGUUACGCAAAUUGCGUAUGCUCGACUGGGCUGGCGUUACCAUGCCCAUUUUUGGCUUUGGUGGUGUGCUCGUCGGUCUGUCAUGGGGCGGUACCUCUUAUCAAUGGUCAGAAUGGCAGACUGCCGUUCCACUUACUGUUGGGAGUGUUGUUCUGUUGAUUCUGGUAUUCUAUGAGUCGAAGUGGGCUUCACAUCCGCAGUUUGGGCGCAAAGUCUUUCGUUCGAAAAUGAUGACUAUGACGUACCUGGGAUGCUUCCUGCACGGCCUUGUGGCUCUUUGCCACAUCCAAUUCUUUACAUUGUACUUUAUUUCUACUCACUACAUGUCGGCGACGCUUUCAGGUAUGGCAUUACUCGCCUUAAUAGGGCUUGCCAUUGGACCUGUGGCCAUCGUUGGUGUGAUCCUCGCAAAAGAGGUUGAAUGCACUCAGUGGAUUAUCUCUGGGGGGUGGACAUUAACGACCCUUGCAAGCGGCUGUUCAAUCCUACUUGACAAUGAUACCCCGACCAUAGCGUGGGUCCUCUUGCUGUUCACGGCUGGAUUGGGCCAUGGUCUUCUGCUCUCGAGCUAUAAUGUUCGGGUCCAGAAUGCUCCGGUGGAUGAGGAUGCUCUGCUAUCAACAUACCCAACCACUAUGUCAUUUUAUGCGAGGGCCUGGGGGUGGGCAUUUUCCAUACCCGUUGGUGGCGCUGUGUUCUUGAACAUACUGGGUGAUGGCCUGCUAGAUGUUGCAGAGAGCAGAGCUCUCGUGAGCUCGGCAAACGGGUUCAUAAUUUUGAUGAAAGAUGUCAACCUGAGCGAUCAACAGCGAGAAGUUGUCACUGCUGUUUCCGUGGCUGCGUUCCGGGCAUUGUGGGAAGUCAUCACUGGAAUUUCAGUUCUUGGGGGUAUUUCAUCAGCUUUCCUGUGGCGAAAUAAUUGA